AUGGCGACCGCCGGCAUGCGACUCCUUCCCCAAAUUCAACAAGCGGCCCUGACACGUGAAGUGUGCUCCUAUCUCCGCCAAAAUACUCGCUUCUACAUUCCUGACUGCAGUAAACACGUUCAAGUUAUUAAGGGAGAGACGGAGGGCUUGUAUGGUUGGAUCGCCUUGAACUAUCUUUUGGGCGGAUUCGACCACCCGGAGGACCAUCGACAUGGAAAAGGACACCAUACUUAUGGUUUUCUGGACAUGGGUGGAGCGUCUGCACAGAUCGCCUUUGCGCCAAAUGCAACGGAAGCCGAAAAGCAUGCCAACGAUCUUAAGCUCCUCCGAUUACGAACCCUCGAUGGCUCUUCACUGGAAUACAAGGUUUUCACCGCGACGUGGCUCGGUUUUGGAGUUGAUCGUGCUCGGGAGUCUUACAUCAAAACCCUUGAGGAAUACUACGAGCCGUUUGAGGGUGAGCUCCCCGAUCCUUGCCUUCCCAGGGGCUUGAGGAUCACAGUCGAUGGCAAUCCAGCCACACAAUCUCAACCAAGGAAGCCGACCCUGCUGGGCACCGGAGUCUUUGAUGAGUGCUUGAGGCGAACAUAUCCUCUGCUUGGCAAAGACAAGCCAUGCCAAGAUCACCCAUGCUUGCUCAACGGACAACACGUGCCGGCGAUUGAUUUUGAUGUGAACCAUUUUAUUGGAGUCUCCGAGUACUGGCAUACAACCCAUGGUGUGUUUGGAGGCAAGGGAGAUAAGGCAUACGACUUCGCCACAUAUCAGAAAAGAGUUAAGGAUUAUUGUGGACAGGACUGGGAGACCAUCAAGUCCAAGGUCGAUAAUCGGGACGAAUUCGAGAUGAAGAUUGCCCAGGAAGCUUGCUUCAAAGCUUCUUGGCUCAUCAAUGUCCUCUAUGAGGGCAUUGGUAUCCCUCGUGUUGGCAUCGACCAAGUUCACUCGGCAAACGUAUCCAAAGGUGCCGUCGAAAAUGUCAAAGAAAAGGGCUUUGCGGACCCAUUUCAGCCCGUUGACAAAAUUGAUGGCAUUGAGGUCAGCUGGACUCUUGGACCAAUGGUGCUCUACGCAUCGGGUCAAAUACCCCCCAAAACAUAUGAUGACAGGUUCCCUGUUGGAUUCGGCAGCAAUGAGCCAGGUAUUCCGGCAGACUUUCAGUUCGCUGGCUCAACAUGGCAAUCAUCUCAAAGCCAAUACAACAAUGGGACUCUGGUUGACACUGAAAGCGAUGAUUGGGAUCUCGAUGCCGACGAAAUUAUUGACAAAGCCAAGUCGAAUUCUGCAGCUGGUUUCUUUAUGUUCGUCUUUUUCCUUCUCGUCUUCCUGUACUUCUUCCGUCGUCGUGACCGGCGCAUGCGUCUCUACAGUAGAGUCAACUGCUUUAUCCGCCGCACUCGGAGAUCAGGAGGAAGUGGCCUGCGCAGUAAAGGCAGCCAUGGCCAUGGAGGGCUCUCGGGAUUGGCACACAAGGUAUUCGGGAGCGCCACAGCCCAAUCCAUGGGAUCUUACGAGCGUAUUAUGGAAGAGGGAGAGGCAAACCGUUUCGAGCUCGAUGGCAACGGCCCAUUUGAAUCUUCCAUAGAUGGCUAUGCCGAUACCAAUGAUUGUGGUCGCGUGGGAAGGUCUUCAGGCUUGGCCACACCUAAGGACCACUUGGGACGGUUUGAUCACCUUGUAUCAUCUCCAACGGUGUCAGCGCUGGAUCGCAGUGGCCUUGUGGUUCGCACCGACAGCCGCGAACGUCUAACACUGAUGCCCCCCCCUCUUGGGUCUUCUGGUGUAGGCAGAAGAAGUCGCGCUGGCAGCCCAACGAGGCUCAAAAGCCCUUUGUUGUCGCCGCUCCAAGAGGCAUAG